UGCCAGUGUCGCAUUCUUGAAUUCGCUAUGUCACCGGGCCAAGCUCCGCUCACGACCUUGCCAAACCUGUACCUCUUCGGUUUGCCUGGUGUUGGAAAAACCUUUUGCGGCGAGUGCUUAGAACGAGACCUGGGCUACUCUUUCCAUGAUGGAGAUCAGUGGCUACCUGAGGAUCUUCGAGAGAGUUUGAAGAGAGGGCAUGGCUUCACGGAGGAGCAGCGCGAUCGCUACGUGGCGGAAAUCGCACGCUGCAUCCAGGUGGCAAAGGACAUGGAGCAGCAGGAGGCUCUCCGUUGCGGGCGCCCCGCGCGGCCCCUGGCGGUGGCGCAGGCCACCUUCAAGCGGCGGCACCGGCAGCAGAUCGGCGCCAGGCAUCCGGAGUUCACCUUUGUAUGGAUCCAAGCCAAUGAGGAGGCGCGACUCCAGCGCUUGGCACAGCGGGGAAGUGGCGUGGAUGCGCAGCUGGGGCGGAAGAUGAAGUUGGACUUCGAAGCUCCAGGAUUUGAAGAGAAACACUUGGUGUUUUACAACGACCAGGAUGAAAUCGAGGACCUUCAACAGAAAUCUGACGCUUUUGUGCAGAAUUUGCACGAAACUCUGUCCGAGGUGACAUGUUGUACAGGCUUUGACUGACCCAGACCUGUUCAAAAAUGUUUGAAACCUCCAAAGCACCAAAGCCGGUGCGCUGGUGGUCUGCUAGUUGUAUGCUGCAAGCUGCAUUUUCCACGGAUGCGUCAUGCAAAAA